UUGUUUACGUUUGCAUCUGCCAUUUGUAACGCUUGUUUUCGGCUUGCUUUGCAAGCAGAGUUGCAUAAAAUCCCGGUAUUUUGUGGCCUCACUAUCAACGAUGGGCUCGAAAAAACACAAGAAACAUAAAUCCGAACGCAGAGAGCGUGAAAGUGGGAAAGAAAAAUCAUUCAGCCUUGAUCGUCCACCCAGCCUUAAGCUUAUACUGAAGGUAAGCGGCAACAGUUCUACACCGGAGCAUGGAAACGAUUCACCAGCAUACGGUAUCCAGUCAGAUGGUGGUAGUACGCUGUUCACCAGCACUAGCGGCGACUAUCCGGAACGGCACAAAAAGUCGAAAAAGAAGAAAAAGAAAAAGGAUCGUGAAAAGAAACACAAACACCAUCACAAGGAGAAACGGCACCGACACCGGGGGGAUGAUUCCAGCCAUGGAGAGGAAGAUGAAGAGGAGGAAGAUUUUAACAGCUACGGUGAUGAGAGUUCCCAGGCGACGGCGGCCGAACCGGUGCAUUAUCCAGCGGCCAGUUCGGUGGCAGCAGCAGCGGUGGCUGCCGUGGCUAGUUCUUCGCUGGCGGCACAACCCGUAACUAAACCGCUCCUACCGGAAGCAUUGCUUACGCCGAAGCUUGAAUCGGAUCUCGAGCAGGAAUCGAUUCCCGAGCACGAUAGGGUGAUGCUCGGUGGAGGAGGACUUGUGCCUAAGGAAGAGCUGACGACAGCACCGAGCUCCGUAACAACGGACGAGCCACUGCAAAGUCCGGGCUCGAUGCAAUCCUCAUCGCGACCUGGCAGUAAGAUAGAUUUUCACGACACCAGCUCCAGCCAGGCACCGAAAACACCCAACUCGGAUUGCAGUGGCCGAGAGCCGCGUAGUUGCGUGCUGAAACAGAAGCAAAGCCGUUCUCCACUCAACAAACUGUUGGAUCAUCUGCUGAAAGCGCUGGAAAAACGAGAUCCGCAUCAGUUUUUUGCGUGGCCCGUUACAGACGAUAUUGCGCCCGGCUAUUCGUCGAUCAUUCUCAAGCCGAUGGACUUUUCCACCAUACGGCAAAAGAUUGAGGACAAUGAGUAUGGGUCGGUGUCGGAGUUUAGCGAUGAUUUUAAGCUAAUGUGCGAGAAUGCGAUCAAGUACAAUCACUCGGAAACGGUGUAUCAUAAGGCGGCCAAGAAGUUGCUGCACGUUGGCGCACGUUUGCUGCAAACGGACAAUCUGAUGCGCUCGUUACGCCCGCUGAUGACGUAUAUGCGCGAGCUGACGGCUAAAGAGCUUGGUUUUGAGUUGCCGAUCGGAACGGGCGAUGGAACCGAUAGUGACUUUCAUCAUCAGCACCAUACGGCAGAUUCGGCCGACGAAGCAAUGGCAGCGGCUGUUGAUGAGGGUAUUAAUGCACAAAUUGAGGAGGAAGAAAAGCGCAAACAAAUCCGGCUGGAAAAUAAUCCACAUACCAAGUUUGAAGCGUUUGUGGACGAUUUGACGGCAGACGAGGUGCUGGCGCAGGUGCAGAGUGCUGCGCUGAAUGCACGGACGAAGCUGUUGAAGCGAAAAUCGGCACACAAGUUGGGAUUUUUGCGGCAGCACAAGGACGGUACGACUUCGAUGAAGAUUCUGCUCGACACAAAAUCGGAAGGUGGAGAAGGUGGUCCGGAACGAACGGUGACGCUGGGAGCCCACACCGGGAAGCUCCAGUACGGUACCGGUCAGUUACAAGGCUUCCGGGAGGAUCGUCGCAACAGUGCGAAGAUUGUUAAACCACUCAGCUACGGUGCGUUUAGUUCGUUUGCUCCCGUGUUUGAUUCGCGCUUUGCUAACCUUAGCAAAGAGGAAACGGAAAUGGUCCUCAACACGUACGGUUGCGAGACGGGUGCCGACUAUGCGGAAAGUAUUUUACGUUUUGCGAUGGACAGUACGUUCGCUGCCGGGAUGGCACACAAUCUGCUGGAUGUGCUGACGAACGGUGAGCAUCGGCAAACGUACGGCAAGCUGUACGAAUCGCACAUGCAGCGCGAAGAACGUGAUGCCGUCCGGCAUACUUUCCUCGAUCCGGUUGAAGUUGCGGAAGAGGUGAAGCGUUACGCGAACGUACCGGUCGAUUUUGAUAGCUUGCGGUCUCUGUCCAGUCUGGGUGUUGAUAUGGAAUUUUUGGACGAGCUCGAGUUGCAGCUGAAGGGUGCCGAAAUUGGUCCACAACUGCAGCAAUCGUUGAGUACAAAUUCGGACCUGUUGCAGAAACUGCACCAACUGCAGACGGAUCGAUUGUCUGCUCCGUUGCCGGCCCAUCUGUCACACAUUCAGCAUCCAUCGGAAGGGGAGCUGGAGCUGGCGGGACAGAUUACGAGUAAUUUGACGGCGAUCGCAAAGCAGCUACCGCCGGCAGCCAUCGCAAAUCCUCAGUCGUUAAGGAAAGCGAUGGGAAUAAGCACAGCUGGACUAGACAUUUUUCAACCUCCGCUGCAAACAAAUGCAAUGAGCGGAGGAAACCAGCCAUCAGUACCUGCACAAUCGCUUCAACCUGUACCACAGGUUCAACAGCAACAGAAUGGAAACGGAACAGCCUCUCACCCGACCGUUAGCAGUAUUUCUAACACAAACCAACUACCAACACCAACAGUUGACAUUGACACAACACCGAUGGAUAUGGAUCUCGAACCGGAACCCAUCUCGCACCAUCACCAUCAGCACCAUCCCCAUCCGCACCAUCUCACCAGACCGGCUCAACAGCAACAAUCUUCCGCUCAGCAGCAGCACCAGCUGCAACACCAGUCGAUUAUUCAAGCUAAUCCCGUCGUUUCUGCUGCCCCAUCGGUCGAUAUCGAUAGUGAACUACGUGAGUUUCUGGGUGGAUCGACGCUAAACACUGCUGGACCUAGUACGGCGGAUGGGACGCAAUCGUCCGAUGCGGCUUGCAUCGAGCAAAUGUUGAUGGAUUAA